AUGCCUCCAACUAUGUAUGAGUUUCAGCGACUGUCCCUGAUCAACUGCAGCAUCGUGCCAAGGUUUCCGUUUGUGCAAAGGUCGACUUUCGUUGUGGUUGUCCAUUACAACUACACUAUUCUAUUUUCUGUGGGUAGGCCAGGUUCACUGAAUCAUCAGAGGAUUAUCGAGGAGGAGAGCGCUCUGUACGAUGACAUUCUGCAAUUCGACUUUAACGAUACUUAUCGAAAUCUAACAUUAAAGGUACUUUUUUCUACUCAUUAG